GCACCUUUAGAACAUCGUCGGACUCCACCAGCAACACCAGCAGAAGCGCAGGCCGUAUAAGAAGCAAAUUGAAAGAAACAAGUUUUGUUUGUUGUUUGUUAUAUUUCGAGGUCGGUUGUGUUGGAGGAUUUUUCGGAAGUGAAAGUGCCAACAUACGGUGGUGCAACAUUGAUAUGGUACUGUUUAUUGUGCUGAUGGAUGCAGGGUUCGUUUCGCAACGGAGGCAAUGACCCAAAUUAGGGUGCCUUCUUCAAGCACAACAAAGCAGAACUGCAGGAAGUGGGGCGCAUCAAUACGUCACAAUAGAAGAAAAUAUUUUAUCAGUAUUGAGUCAGACGUGACACGGAGGAAAAAAAAACCCCAAUGUCCAUAAAUGAUACUGUUUUGUCUGGACUCUUGAUGCAACAAUAGACUACGUUAGAAAACAUCGUCCUUUAAAGUUAAGAAAGAAAACACGCUUGCAUCACGUAAGAUUACAGUAAUUUAGCAUUCGCUUACAAUGGGCACUGUCGCGGAGGAAUUGAUAGCGCUUAAUAAUGACACCGUAAUGAACUCAACAAUUUUCAGCUACAUAGGUCAAUACGUAGAUUUAGAUUACUCGAUAUGGCUCUACCGGUUACUGACUCCACUGAUGAUGACCUUUGUGUUGCCUUCGGUCUUUGUUUUGCUGAUAUAUUUGUCAAUCUCCUUUCUCUAUGUUUACAAACUGCACAGUCGGUUCAUCUUACAAGUGUACAAUGAUGGCGAUUUUGAUUUUUGGGAUGUCGCGAGAACACUGGUCGCCGUUGUGUGGGAUGCUCACGGUUGGAUUUUUCAUGGCUACGAAGUAUGCGGUAUAGAAAACUUGCCGGAAAAUGGCUCUGCACUGAUAAUCUAUUAUCAUGGUGCGAUUCCAAUCGAUAUGUACUACCUGGUAGCUCGAGUCUAUUUGAAACGAUCCCGUCUUAUUUACACCGUUGGGGAUAGGUUCCUGGAAAUGCUGCCCGGUUGGUCGUGUCUGGCGCGAGUAAUGAAAGUAAGCCCUGGAACGGUGCAGUCGUGCUCUAGUGUACUGAAAGAAGGAAACAUGCUGUCGAUCGCUCCAGGAGGUGUCUACGAGGCUCAAUUCGGGGACAGCAACUACGAGUUGCUGUGGCGACGACGAGUCGGAUUUGCCAAGGUGGCAAUCGAAUCCAAAGCGCCAAUUAUUCCCAUGUUUACGGAGAACCUUCGUGAGGGAUUCCGUUCGAUCGGAUUCGCCAAACGGCUGUUCAUCCGGCUGUACAAUGCCGUGAGGUUUCCAGUGCGACCGGUUUACGGUGGUUUCCCGGUAAAGUUCCGGACUCACUUGGGGAAACCCAUCGAGUACGACGCUUCGUUGACGCCGGAACAGCUGCAGGAGAAGGUGGCAUAUGGUAUCGAAGAACUGAUUAACAAAAACCAGCGAAUACCUGGCAGUAUUCUGCAUGGACUGAUGGAUAGGUUCGUUGCGAAAAGGAAGAACGAGUGAAUGGACUUUUUAUUUUACUAUAAUAGCGGUGGGAGUGAUGUGAAUCGAACAAACUAUGCGAAUUACAGUAUCCGUACUUAUAUAUAUAUAUCUGUGGCUUG